AUGCAGCGAGCGUUGAGCUUUGCGCACAGCGUGCUCGCGCUGCAGCAGGUCCACCGCUGGUCUCCAGACGUGGCGCUGGCCAUACUGAGCUGUGGCAGUCUGCGUUCCGACUUGCUGGCCUGGCAGGCGGCGGCGCAGCGGCAGGUGGAGGCAGUGGGGGACAGCUGGGCGCAGCAGGACGAGGGCCCCUCCGCGGAAGACCUGCAGGCAAGGAGGCCUGGCGCGGGGGCGGGGAGCCUUGCCAUCAUGCUGCAAACAGAGCUGAACUGGCUGCUGGACGACUCCCUGGCCGCCUGGGCGCGCCCCGGCGGCGACUGGCGCAGCAUCAGGUGGCAGCAACUGGAGCGGGACCUGAAGGAGGCGGCAGGGGUUGCGGAGGCGGUGUGGGAGCAGCGGCUGCAGCAGCGCAUCCCGCUGCAGUACCUCACCGCCACCGCCUUCUGGCGGGACAUCGUGCUGUCAGUGGGCCCAGGCGUGCUGAUUCCCCGCCCGGAGACGGAGCUGGUCAUCGAUUUUGUGCAGGAGGCGGUGGCCGCCGCCCCCGAGCUGGCCCGCGGCGCCUGGGCAGACCUGGGGACGGGCAGCGGGGCGCUGGCGGUGGGGGUGGCGCGGGCGCUGCCGCAGGCGCAACAGGUGUACGCAGUUGACUUGAGCCCAGUGCCGCUGUCGUAUGCGGCUUUCAAUGCGCGCAGGCUGGGCGGCAGCUGGUUUGAGCCACUGGAGGCGGCGGGGAUGCCCCAGCUGGCCGGGGUGGUCAGCAACCCGCCCUACAUCCGCUCCACAGACAUGCCCAGCCUGCAGGCGGAGGUGGGCAGGCACGAGCCGCACCUGGCGCUGCACGGCGGCGAGGGCCUGGGCAUCGACUGCCUGCUACCCAUCUGCAUGGGGGCCGCCCGCCGCCUGCAGCCCGGCGGCUUCCUGGCGCUGGAGACGGCGGGAGGCGAGCAGGCACACUACAUCGCCGACCUGCUGUCCCACAUGCGGCGCAGCGCGCUGGGCGGCUGUGGCCCCGCAGACGGCAUCACCGGGGGCAGCGGCGUGCCGGGCAGGGAGCAGCUGGCGUUUGAAGACGUGCGGGUGAGGAGGGACCUGAGGGGCGUGGACCGCUUUGUGACUGCCAGCCGCGCCGCCGCACCCGCCACCGGCCCAGAGGAUGAGUGA